GACCUCUACUCCGCGCCCGCCUCCCCUCUCAGCACUCGCCCGUCCGGUCAGCCCCCGGGGACUUCGGUCGUCGCCAACGAGGGCUCCGCCUCGUCCUCCGCCUGGCUAUCUGAUGACGACGACGAGCCCACAGACAGCUGGAUCGGCAGCGACCGUACGUGCGGCGGCGCCUCGACCUCCAGCUCUCUGGACGCCUCCAACUACAGGGAUCUCUACAGGGAUCCACCCUCUGAGACUCUGAGUGGAUGUAUAAUCAGAUUCUGGAAGCUCCUUUUUGGAGUCACGAGGCAUCUGAUGCUGUGAGGGCUUCUUGGAGAGACGAGUACGAAGCUUGUGAUGAUUUUUCUAUGGUUUUGCAGACAUCACAAAAUGGCUGCAGAAAAAUUCUUCAAAAGGAACCUUUAUCAUCUCUACCGCAUGAGUUUGAAAACGAAAUUAUGAAAGAUAAGGCCAAAAAGCUUUUGGCUAAUUACUCUGAAUAUCGGAAGGUACCUGGAGAUGGGAGUUGCUUUUACAGAUCGUUCAUAUACUCAUACCUGGAGCAGCUUGUGAAAGUAUCUCAUGAGGAGGAGCUACGUUUACUUGGUGCACUUGAACCAAUGUGGGAGAAAUUCCAAAGGCUUCAUUUGCCUGGUUCAUAUUCAGAUCUUCAUGAUGCUUUUGUGGGCUUUAUACUGGAAUGCAUGGAACAAAAACAAAAACUGUCAGUAAGUGGCUAUCAAGAGUGGCUUUUCCAGGAGAGUCAAAAUGAGCAGAAGUUUGCGAACAUACUUUUGUAUCUUCGACUUGUGACAGCUAUUGAGAUAUGCACUGAGGUUGAAACUUUUAAGUCAUACAUAACCGAACUUGGUCAAGGAAUGCCUGAUGCAAUAGGGUACUGCCUGGAGGAGGUUCUCCCAGUGGAGGAAGAUGCACAACAAGUGAAUCUCACUGCGCUCACCAAUGUCCUACAGGUGCCACUUCGAGUUGUUAACAUUGACGUUUCACCGAUUGAGGAGCCUAACAUCCACAUCAUCUACGAGUCACCAGAUUCCUCGGUUCCUACUGUGACACUACUGUAUAGACCAGGGCAUUAUGAUAUCAUCUACGAGAAGUCAUAGCUGUAGACUGUAGUAACAGAUAUCAUAUGACAUGUCACGGGAGAGUUGCUGGCCGCGUUGCGAUAUACUGUACUCUUGUUGUGUACAUCAGCUGCACAUAUGCACUAUUACUGUUUUCCUUCCUUAUAUAUGUGGGGUGAAG